AUGUCUCUUGCGUUCUAUGCGUUGCUGGCCGCCUUGGUAGCUGUGGUUGCCUAUAGCCUACGUAAAGUCGGUCAAAGGCCAGCAGGUUACCCUCCAGGGCCACCGACACUGCCCAUCAUUGGAAACUUACAUCUGAUGCCAAAAGAGAAGCCGCAUCUCCAAUUUCAGAAGUGGGCCGAACAAUUUGGGCCAGUGUACUCACUCAUCCUUGGUACAAAGGUAAUGAUUGUAUUGUCGUCGGAUCAGGCUGUAAAGGAUCUGCUGGACAAGCGCAGUAGUAUAUACUCGUCGCGUCCGGAUCUGUAUUUGAGUAACAUUGUGAGCGGGGCAUCGGAAGUAAGCGGUGGAUUGCGAAUGCUGCUCAUGCCGUACGGAGAUACAUGGCGCAUGAUCCGGAAGAUCGUGCACAACAACCUCAAUAUCAAGGCAGCCAGGACAUACGUCCCAUACCAAGAGUUAGAGAACAAGGCCAUGCUCGUGGGGUUCUUGGAUAGUCCAGAUCUCUUCGCCGACCACAUCCGUCGCUACACCAACUCAUUGACCACACAAAUGAUCUUUGGUUUCCGUACUAUAAGUAUCGAUGAUCCCAAGUUGAAGCAGCUCUAUUCAGGAUUCGAGAAGUUCUCAGAGAUCUCGGGUAAGACAACAGCUGCCCUUCUCGAUCUCUUCCCAGUACUUCGAGCAUUACCUGACUGGGCGCUUCCUCUGCGGAAAUACGCAAGAAACCUUCACGAGAAGGAGUGCGAGCUAUACAUUGGCCACUGGCUCAAUGUGAAGAAAGCCAUCAAGAACGGAACAUCGAAACCAUGCUUUUGUCUCGACCUAGUGCGAGCGCAAGACGAGGAGAACUUCUCAGACGCUCUUGCUGCUUACGUGAGUGGUUCGUUGCUGGAGGCAGGAUCGGAUACCACGGCUGCAACGCUCAUCGGCUUCAUUCAAGCAACGAUUCUGUUCCCAGAGGUUGCAAAAGCUGCCCGCGGAGAGCUUGACCGCGUAUGUGGCGAUCGUUUCCCGACACUGGACGACGCGCCAAAUCUGCCUUAUGUUCGCGGCUGCGUAAAGGAAAGCAUGCGCUGGAUGCCCACUGCCAUCCUUGGUGUCCCGCACGCUGUGGUCCGCGACGAUGAAUACAUGGGGUAUACGAUUCCUAAAAACGCAGGCGUAAUGUGGAAUGUUUGGGCCAUACAUAAUGACCCCACGCGGCAUGCUGAGCCCCGCAAGUUCGAUCCGCAGCGAUAUGCGAAUGAUAGCCAGACUGCGGCUGAGGCGGCGAACAAUUCAGAUGCGAGUAAGCGGGAUCAUUUUCUUUUUGGGGCAGGGAGGAGGUUGUGUCAGGGUAUGCAUAUUGCGGAGCGGUCGUUAUUUUUGGCAAUCUCGAGAAUGCUCUGGGCGUUUGAGUUUGAGCCGGGUAAGGGCGAGCAUGGCGAGGUGGAGCUACCCGAUGCAGAUGACCUGACAGAGGGCAUGUUGGUGCAGCCAAAACCGUUCAAGGCGAACAUUGUUCAGAGGGAUGAAGAGAAGGCGAGGAUUUUGAGGGAAGAAUGGGAUAAGAUGGGGAGCUUAUUGGGUGAGGAUGAGCAGUGGAAAGUGCUACCUGAGGGGUUGAUCUGGAAGGAGUAUGAUAAUGCUGCAAAGACGGCAUAA